AUGAAAAAGUCAAUUCUCUUUAUUCUUGUUUUGUGCACUACAGUCUAUUCCUUUGAGUUGCAAUUGAAGGAAGGACUUUAGUAAGUUCACUAAAUUUUGCCAGAAAAACUUUAAAAAGCUUCCCUAGCUCUUUAAUCCUCCCUUGAAUUACCUUAGCAAUCCGUCCUUACAUGCGUUCCAUGCAAGCUUGUUUUCUCUUACUUGUAAAAAUUUGACUUUACAAAAUCUUUCGACAAGAUCUAAUCUUUAGUCAGCGCUCUUUGUGAUAAGUUUGGAAUCUUAGGAGAUGACGUAUGUGGAGAAGCAUUUGGUGAAAUGGGACCAUAUGUAGUUGAGAAUAUCUAAAAGCGUUACUUUGAUCCUGACUUUAUAUGUCCAGAGAUUAAGGUUUGUCCCUAAGUAUAUGAAAAAAUUGAUAUUGAAAAUGUUGUUCUUGAUAUUCUUAAAGAUGCUGCUUCUCAUGAAGUUAAGAGAUAGACACCCUAAUUGAAUAGCACUUUUAAAAUUAUUCAUAUGACUGAUUUACACUUUGAUUGGGAUUACUAAGUUGGAUCUUAUGCUCAAUGUUAACAACCAACAUGCUGUCGUUAAGAAUCUACACCUUCUUAAGGUAAUAAAAGCAUAACUGCAGGAUAUUGGGGUUCUAUUGCUCCAUGCGAUUUACCCUACAGAACCAUUGAAUCUUACGUUAGUUUCAUUAAGAGAAAUCUUUCUAAUGAGAUAGAUUUUGCUCUAUGGACUGGUGACAACACAAAUCACUUCAUCUGGGAAUAGACUUAAGAAUAAAAUAUCAAUAGCACUAUCUAGCUCACUUAGCUUUUUUAAAGAGAAAUCCCUACUCUUAAAAUCUUCCCUAUUAUGGGUAAUCACGAGAGUUUCCCUUGCAAUGUUUAUGACUAUGAAACUAAUAGAGAAAAAGACUUGAAAGCAUAACUUGCUUAAGCUUGGGAAUCUUGGAUUGGAAAGGAAGCAGCUAACUAGUUUAAAGAAAAUGGUUACUACUCCACUGUAAUUACCAAAAACGGAUAAAAUUUAAGAAUAAUUGCUGUCAAUACUUAAGCUGGUAAUCCUGGUAAUUUCUUUUUAAUUUAGAAUCCUACUGACCCUGGACAUUAACUUAAAUGGUUAGAAGAAAUCCUCACUCUUGCUGAAAAACAAAAUGAAAAAGUAUUUAUAAUGGGACACAUCCCUUCAGAUAAUUUGCUUGAAGAAUGGUCAGAAGUAUACAAUGCAUUAAUCUAAAGAUUUUCCUCUAUUAUUAACGCCUAGUUCUAUGGUCAUACUCAUAAAGACCACUUUAAAAUCUACAAAGAUAGAAAUACAACAAAUAUAAAUAAUGUUGCUUUCAUAGCUCCUUCUCUUACAACAUAUAGUAAUCUAUAUCCUUCAUUAAGAGUUUUUGAAAUAGAUGAGAAAACACUCUUACCAGUCAACUAUUUCUAAUACAGAUUAGACAUCAACAAAUAUAAUAAAAUGGGUAUUACAGAUAUCAACAUGCUUGAUUUUGAUCUUGCUUAUGAUUUUAAUAGUGAAUAUGGUAUUAAUAAUAUAUCAGAUCUUAAAGGCUUUGAAUUGUUAUCAGAAAAAAUUGGAAACGAUCUUGAAACAUACAAUAAAUUCUAAAAUAAUUAUUAUAGUGGUGCUAAUAACAAGGAUUACAAAUCAAUAAAUAAAUCUGUUUACUGUGCUUUGAAUUCUACUCCAUAUUUAUAAGGUAUUUGUAAAGGUAAAUACACUAGAUCUUUCUUAGACACUUUAGUUGGAGGCUGGUUCAAAAAAAUAUAAAAAAAUUGA